AUUGCAUCAGACAAGAUUGGAGGUGGAGCAGCUGAUGAAUUGGCUUGUGCAACAGAUAAAGGCAAAGAUGAAAGAAGCAGUGAUUAAUAUGGUAGGCCUGGUCGAGUGGACUGGACAGAGGUGAGAUGUUUAGUUUUGAAAUUUUAGAUGCACAGAAUGUGGUGGAAGACAGAGUUAGAGAAAUUAAGGCUGAAUACCAAGUUUAGAGUCAGCAACUAGUUUGAGGGUAGUGCCGUUUAAUGUGGGAACAAAUAGCUUUUAGUAAUACGAAGUGGAUCAUUUGGCAGUUUAGCUAAAAUAUGUGUGUAUAUAUAUACAUAUAUAAGCUUCUGGGUUUUUUUAUAUAAGCUUCUGCUGCUAAAAUAUUUGAAAACCUAUGCAUUCUGUUGGAUUAACUGUAGGCGUGACUAGGUGCCAUAAGGAUGACCCAGUAGAUUUUAGAAUGGCUGUUCUAUUUAUUCUGGCACUUUCAUUUUUUUUUAGUCAAUGUCUGGGUUGUUAUUAACAUUGUCAUCAUUAUAUCUGUCACUGCUCCUGAAUCCACAAAGCACUGCAAAGAGAUGGAGAAAGUGAACGGCACAGUGAAGACUGAGUUCUUCCUCCUGGGAUUUAGUGACCACCCAGAACUUCAGAGGCUUCUUUUUGCUGUGUUCUUUUCCAUCUACUCAGUGACGCUCAUGGGGAACCUUGGGAUGAUUUUUUUAAUCACAAGAAGUCCCCACCUGCACACACCUAUGUACUUUUUCCUCUGCAUAUUGUCCCUCAUAGAUGCAUGCUACUCUUCUGUCAUUGCUCCCAAAUUACUGGUGGACUUGGUUUCUGAUAAGAAGACAAUUUCUUACAAUGGAUGUGCUGCACAGCUCUAUUUUUUCAUUUCUUUGGUUGAUACAGAAUCUUUCCUCUUGGCUGCCAUGGCUUAUGACCGGUACAUAGCAAUCUGCAACCCACUGCUUUAUACUGUUAUUAUGUCCAAGAGAAUUUGUUGCCAGCUUGCAAUGGGAGCAUUUUUGGGGGGCACCGUGAGCUCCAUUAUCCACACCACUAACACCUUCCAUCUCACUUUCUGCUCCAAAGAAAUUAACCAUUUCUUUUGUGAUGUCUCCCCUCUAUUUUCACUGUCCUGCACAGACACCUACAUCCAUGACAUAGUUCUGGUGGUCUUUGCUAGUUUGUUUGAAGCUGCCUGUCUUCUAACAGUUCUUCUCUCAUAUGUCUUCAUCAUAGCAGCUCUCCUCAAGAUAAGUUCUACUGAGGGAAGAAAGAAAGGUUUCCUCACUUGUGCUUCCCACCUGAUCGUUGUCACUAUCUACCAUGGUACGUUGAUUUUCAUUUAUUUGCGCCCUGGUACAGGUCAUUCACUGGAUAUCGACAAAGUGACCUCUGUGUUCUAUACAUUGAUUAUACCUAUGCUGAAUCCCCUGAUUUACAGUCUAAGGAACAAAGAUGUCAAAAAUGCCUUUAGAAAACUUAUCAGUUCAAAAUUGCUUUCUUAA